GAAUGUUAUUCAACUCGAUCUUAUGAAAUAUAUCAGAGAAGCAACUUCUAACAACUAUUAUAUCGUCCUCCUCAGUGACCUUAAUGCUGACAUAGAUAACCCAAAAUUACACUCACAAGAUAAAAUCUUUUCUCCAUGCUGA